AAAUAACGGUUCGAAAGAAAGAUGUAUAGUCUGAUACUAGAGAAGAAAAAAGCAUUACGACAUUUCCAGACGGGAUCUGUCGGAUCUGGAUUGACUCUCGACAAUCGUUCACAAAGCUCUUACGUUCCUCGUGACAAAUGCAUGGAUAACGUCUUCAGCUGGGACACUUCUCAAACUGACACUAGCAAUGAAGAUUACCUUCACAGCCCUGGUGCUCCUCUUCCAGACGUUACCAUGUUUGGCAUCGGAUGAUUCACCAUUUCAACUCACCAACAAGGACACUGGUUUUUGUUUGGUUAAAAUAAACAACAAGUGCAACGAGAUACGCUGGACAACCGAUGACCGACUUCUGGUUCCACUGAGGAAAAAGUGCCUCGGCGUGCAGGGCAAAAGUGUGGGAAGUGAAAUAAACCUCUACGAAUGUGACGAAAAGAGCGACCUCCAAAAGUGGCAAUGCAGGAAUGGAACGUUGCUCACCCUCAAGGACCAGGAGCUUUACGUCGAGCUCACUGCGGACACCACGGCAGUUCUCUCCAAGACUGUCGGGCCCAACAACCACCUCACCAUUUCAGGGACGUCCAGCGGCGCUUGUGCGAGAACAUACAGAGAGCUCUUUGCAAUCGGCGGAAAUGCUGCUGGACUGCCGUGCAUGUUUCCCUUCCAGUACCAGGACCAGUGGUACACGGACUGCACCGCGGUCGACUCUUCAGAAAAGAGCCUGUGGUGUGCGGUCGAAACCAAAUACCAAAGUGAACGCUGGGGUAACUGCCCGAGCACUUCCAAAGAAGGCUGGACUAUCCACCCAACAACAGGAGCGUACUACCAGCUCAACACCCAGUCGGCCCUGAUGUGGUCACAGGCCGAGGCCAGCUGCAAACAGCAGGGUGCCUCCCUGCUCAGUAUCACCGACCCUCACCAGCAGGCUUACGUCACAGCACUACUAGGUAGAAGUGGCAAUAAGCUGUGGACUGGGCUGAUCCUGGAUCCAGAACAUGGCUGGAUGUGGUCCAAUGGGAGGCCUUUCCGCUACCUGAAAUGGGACUCUGGACAUCCACUUCCUAAUCCGGGACACAGCUGUGGAAUAGUCGAUCCUGCUGUCCAGUACUCCUGGCAAAGUUUGCCUUGCAGCAAGAAACUUGGGUACAUCUGCUACAGUAAAGCGGCCGAAACACUGCCUGCACAAGCAGGUAUGACAGGAUUUUGUUCCAGACCUUGGAUUUCCUACAAUGACCACUGCUUCCACCUCAAUCGCACUCAGCAAACAUGGUCCGAUGCUCAGAAGGAGUGUCACAAUGAAAGAGGGGAGCUGGUCAGCAUCCGCAAUGUGGAGGAUCAAAGCUUUGUCAUUUCUCAGCUUGGAUAUGAAUCCACUGAUGAGCUUUGGAUUGGACUUAAUGACAGAAAGACAGAGGGGCUGUUUGACUGGAGUGACCACUCGACCGUCAGUUUCACCAGCUGGGAAUUUGGAAACCCAGCGGCCUCCAGUGACAUAAAUGACUGUGUUCUCAUCAGGGGACAGAAUGGGAACUGGGCGGACCGUGUGUGUGAGGAGAAACACGGCUCCAUCUGCAUGAAGAUGAGUUCUUCAAAACCCACUGGAGAUGAAGCGCAGCAGGAUGCCGGCUGCAAAACUGGGUGGAUCAGACAUGGAUCCUACUGCUACUUUAUUGGAAUGCAGACCAAAACCUUUGAUGAAGCCAAGGAUGUCUGCAAAAGUUCAGAUUCUUACUUAGCUGAUGUCUCAAAUAGGGUGGACAAUGCCUUCCUUGUCAGCCAGGUGGGGUUGAGACCAGAGAAAUACUUCUGGUUAGGACUCUCAAAUCGGGAAAACAUCGAUCAGUUUGUGUGGACCAACAGAGGUUCAGUGACGUUUACUCACUGGAACGCUGAAAUGCCCGGUCACAGCCAGGGAUGUGUUGCCAUGACAACUGGUUAUUUUGCCGGCCUCUGGGAUGUGCUUCCCUGCACCAAUAAGCAGAAAUACAUCUGCAAACACCUGGCGGAGGGGGCCGUCUUAACUCCCGCACCACCCAGUGUUGUUUCUCCCUUGUGUGCAGACAACUGGAAUCGAAUUGGAUUAAGAAACUAUUGUUAUAAGUUGUUUGAAUCCUCAAAAAAGACCUGGUUUGAGGCCAGAGAUUACUGCCGGGCCAUCGGAGGAGACCUGCUUAGCAUCCACAGCGCUGACGAGAAUCAAAUACUCGGCUCCGCAGUGGCCUGGAUUGGGCUGAGCGCCCCCGACUCGGUCACCGGUUACGUGUGGAGCGACGGGUCCCCUCUGCAGUUCCAACACUGGGAAGCUGACGAGCCAAACAACAAAAACAAUGUGGAAUCUUGCGCUACAAUGCGGACAGAUAAGCGGAGAGAAAGCGGGUCUUGGAACGACGUACACUGUGAAACGUACCUCGAGUGGCUGUGCCAGAUACGUGCAGGAGUCACUCCAAGUCCGCCUCCAGACCCAGUCACUCCUGACUACAACGAGACGGGUGAUGGGUGGCUCGAGUGGAAUGGGGCUCAAUAUUUUUUAAACAGACAAACGAUGGCCGUGGAAGACGCUCGGAGCUUUUGCCAACGUAACCACGCCGACUUGGUGACCAUCGACAGUGAAGCUGAAAGUGUUUUUUUGUGGAAACGGUUGUCCGAAAGCUCAAGGUCUUACUGGAUUGGCUUGAACGUGGAUCUUGAUAAAACAUACAGUUGGAUGGAUGGUUCUUCAGUGGUGUUCCAAAGGUGGGAUGAAGAUCAACCUCGUUUCCAACGCAAUGAUGAGAAUUGCGCUGUCAUAACCCCAAGUAUGGGCUUCUGGCACGUUUAUAACUGUGGAUAUGAGCACAGGUCCAUCUGUAAACGCAAUAGCGCGCCACCCGCCAACGCCACCGUUGCACCAACAGUUCCUCCAAAAGGUGGCUGUCCACAAAACUGGAAACAGUUUGAAUCAAAGUGUUACAUCAUCGUUAAUAACCAGAAAGAGACGUGGCCUGGAGCAAAGGCACAAUGCCAAGCAAUCAGAGGAAAUCUGGCUUCAAUCCUGUCAAGACAAGUCCAAGUGUUCCUGACUGCUCAAUUGGCUGAGGCCCCUGCAACGGGCCUCUGGAUCGGCAUGUACAAUGUACGUGGCGGUUCAGAUCUCUGGACGGACGGCCGACCAAAACGAUACAACAAUUGGGGAAAUGAUAUGACUCCUUCUCUGCAGCGGCGGAUCCUCCACGAACUGAUGAAUUACAGACAUAUGCAUUCUUUUCGCUCGAGGCAUUUCCACGACAUGGAUCUUUUCAGACAUCAUUGGCGCUCUACCUUGCGCACUGACAAAGAAUGUGCUGUAAUGACCACUGAUCUCACCAGUGGUAUUGGGAAAUGGAUAAGAAAGUCCUGCAAUGACACCAACGGAUAUGUCUGUCUGCGAAACGUUGAUCCUUCUCUCCCAGACUCCUCUCAACCAACACCAGUGGACUACGUCAACGUUUUUAAUGACUCUUUCAAGCUCGUUCCACAAAAAAUGACCUGGGAUGCUGCCAAAAAGAACUGCGAAAGGGACGGAGCCCAACUGGCCAACCCGCGGAACCAGUGGUCACAGAACUUUGUUGAGUUGCUGGCUUUGCAGGUCAAAGGUGCCGUGUGGAUUGGAAUGAACAAAUUGGAGACCGGCGGAUAUUUCCGAUUUAUUGGAGGCUGGCGCAUCACCGAAACCUAUUGGGGAAGAAUGGAACCAAGCCCACACCUCCCUUGUGUGUACGUGGCUGAAGACGGGAAAUGGACCACUGCCGAGUGCAAUCGAACCGAGUACAGUAUCUGCAUGAAGACCGAAGAUGUGGCACCAACAGAGUCAAGUGAUUUUCCGGGCUUUUGCCCCGAGAACCCAGAAACACCAAGAUAUACACAGAGGGGUGACGGCUGGAUUCCAUUUAAGGGUUAUUGUUACCUCACUUGUACAGAUGAAAUUGAGUGGCCAGAUGCAUCUGCUAACUGUAUGAAACAUGGUGGAAAACUGGCCAGCAUUGAAGAUCCUUCUGAGCAAGAAUUUAUCCAAAACAGUAUUAAACAAUUUCAAGACAGCCACACGUCGUUCUGGAUCGGCCUGUAUAGAACCCACGCAGGCAUUUGGCGGUGGUUGGAUCAAGCUGCCGUGGACUACACCAACUGGUAUGAAGGAGUCGAAAUGAGGAACAGUUAUGGAUCGAUUCGAGCUUCGGAUGGCGGAUGGACGACAGGGAGCGGCUAUCACGACAGAGGGUACAUUUGCAAAACACCUAAAGCACUCCGGCAGGCGCCACAGACAACCGCAAAUCCUACGGCGAAUCCUCAAGGCCGCGGCCGCAACGUCCUGGCCCUGGCGCUGGUCCUCACCGGGGUCGCCGUGGGAACAGUCGUCGCCUUGGUCCUCUUCAAGAAGUCCGGGCGGCGCUCAGCGGUCCCUGAAAGGUUGUCCACCUUUGACAACCCGCUCUUCUUCAACAACGAGCGGGUCCAGGCUGAUUCGGGGGACACCAGUAAACUGGUGGCCGAUGCAGAGGAGGAGAACCUCGGUCCAGCUGCGGCCGUCUGACGAGAACGCUGCCAGAUGCUGUUUGAUGGGAUUCAGUGAAGCUUUACUUAAAUAAUUCAUGUUUGCAUUCACUUUUUAGUCCGCAGCUUCUCAGACAAAACUGUUGCGCUUUUGUUUAAUCCUUUUACAUGUAUCUGCUGGUUACUGAUCACCCCUCAAGGUUUAACAUGUUGCAUAAACAUUGAACCUUGAUUAAACUGUUUAAUGUACUAUAUAAUCACGUUUAACCGACCAAGAGGCUUCUAGUGAAUGGUGAUGUUAAUGUUUAGACACAGUUAUUGUUAUUAUCCUUCUUUAAUGUCCAGAACCAGCAGGAGCAGCUGGAAACAAAACACAGACAUAAUAUCAUCACCACAUAAAGUUGCAAAGGAGAGAGUGUCUUAGUUAUUCUUUGACGUUGUUUUUCUGGUCCGACGGCAAGUCCGACAUCCACUCGCCUUUUGGCUCUUUUGUGGAAAUGAAAAUAUGUAAUUUUUGGGCUUUCUCAAUAACCCAACUUUACUUCCUUCCACAACCCCAAACAACACCAAGAAAGUUUGGUGUAAAUCUUUAGGAUGAAGAUGUUUCUAAAUUAAGACCAUGAGUAUACUUGUUUUGUAUACAGUGGACAAAACUGUUGGCCAUAAGAAUAAAUUUAGCAGCUACGAGGUCAAAAGAGCCACAAAACCCUGCGUCACUGUAACGUUUGUAUUUUCAGCAUUAACAUCAUUGAGUACGCCUGCUUACUGCAGCAGUGUAGAUUUAGCCAAAUAUUACAUGCCAACAGUCAUAGAAUGUAACUACUAUGCGUGAGUAUUUUCAUUGUCUGACGUAGGUGUUGAUGCCUUGUAAUACAAUUGAAAUGAACGCA